AUGGCACGUGGAGUUGUGAGCAAGAAGUCCUGCGCGUCCCUGGACAUUGUCGCUUUGUUGGGUUCGGCUGUUGAUGUGGCUUCGGCGGCCCCGGUGGCCCCUGCGGCGGACCCUGCUCUGGAGGCGUGUCUGGCUGAGGCUGAGGACUUUUUGAUGAAGACACAGGUGAAGAUGCAGGCGGCGGUGGAGGCGUACUUGGCCCCCCCUGAGAACACCAAGCUGAAGGAGUUGACGGAGUCAACUGGGAAGAAGAUGGAGGAUGCGGUGACGGCGCAGGGCGCGAUCGACCUGGCGAACGAGGAGCAGAUAGAGAAGCUACAGAAGGAGCUAGAUAAGGCGCUGGAAGACAGCGCAGCCGUCAUUCAGGAGGCUAUCGAGAACCCCACUCGCGAAGACACAAUCCGCCACGUUAACACUAUCACCGCUCUUCCCUUCUAUUUCAAACUUAGGGACGUUCAGGCUGUCGCAUACAAGGUUGGCCAGCUCAAGCGCGGACAACAACAACCUUCCGCCGUCCCCGGCACGUCAGGCUCCGCUUCGGCCUCCGCUUCCGCCUCCGCCUCCGCUUCCGCUUCCGCCGAAGCCACCGCCACCGCUUCCGCUGCACCCAGCGCCCUCACCGCUUCCAAACCUGCUGCCACUGCGGAACCCACCACUACCGCCUAG